AUGACUGUGGAGGCUGCUACGGCGGGUGCCGCUGUGGAGCACAAUGGCGCUGUACAAUCAAUUGGGAUCUCGAAUCUACCUAACCAGAGAUACAAGAUCGUGAGCGAGAGGGGCGGAUCAUUUACCAUGAUGGUGUGCGGUGAAAGUGGAGUUGGUAAGACGACAUUUAUUAAUACAUUAUUCCAGACUACUUUGAAACAUUCCGAUAACCAGCAGCGUCGUCACCAGCCCAUAAGGAGGACUGUUGAGAUCGACGUGAUUAGGGCAGUCCUCGAGGAGAAAAACUUCAGUCUGCGCGUCAACGUGAUUGACACGCCUGGAUUCGGCGACAACGUUAACAACAACAAAUCGUGGCAAUCGAUUAUCGAUUUCAUCGAUGACCAGCACGAUAGCUUUAUGCGGCAGGAACAACAGCCUUACCGCGCUGUGAAAUUUGACCUCAGGGUUCAUGCGGUGCUGUACUUCAUAAGACCUACGGGCCAUGGUUUGAAGCCACUUGAUAUUGAGACCAUGAAGCGGAUUUCCACGAGGGCGAAUUUGAUCCCCGUCAUCGCAAAAUCAGAUACUCUGACCGCGCAGGAACUGACUGCUUUCAAAUUGAGAAUUAGACAGGUUAUAGAGGCGCAGGAGAUCCGUAUUUUCACGCCACCUUUAGAAAGAGAAAGAGAGUCUGACAUCAACUCGAACCAGGACCUCGCUGCCAUGGAACAUGCAAGACAGCUGAUCGAAUCGAUGCCAUUUGCCAUCAUUGGGUCUGAGAAGAAAAUCGACAACGGCCAGGGAAAACAGGUCAUCGGCAGGAGCUACCCAUGGGGGAUCGUCGAGAUAGAGAACGACAACCACUGCGAUUUCCGCAAGCUGAGAAGUUUGCUGCUAAGGACCAAUCUACUUGACCUGAUCCUCACCACGGAGGAGCUUCAUUACGAGACGUACAGAAGAUUGAGAUUGGAAGGCAACACGCAGCCUUCCGAAGAUCCAAACAGUCAGAACUCAUCGACGAUCCCGUUGAGGGCGCCGGCAAGAAAGCUUUCCCAUAACCCCAAGUAUAAAGAAGAGGAAAAUGCUCUGAAGAAGUACUUCACAGAUCAGGUAAAGGCUGAAGAGCAAAGAUUCAGACAAUGGGAACAGAACAUCGUAAACGAAAGAGCCAGACUCAACGGUGACCUGGAAGAGAUACAAAACAAGGUCAAGAGACUAGAGGAGCAAGUGAGAAGCUUACAGCUGAAGAAACGCUAA